UUGGUUAAUUUAACUCUUAUUUUGUAUUGAUUCGGCCAUUUUAAAAAUUCGGAAAAUCAACUAUUAAAUCGUAAAUGUCUGUUAAUUUGCUAAUCGACGUUGUUACUACUUAAAAAUUCUUAUUCGAGACCAAUAUCAUUAUUUUCAGCCUCAUUAUCAUUAUUAUUAGUCUCAGUAUCAUUUUCAUUAUCACAUUUUUCACCCAUGAGAUUAUGUUGUUCAAUCGUAGCUUCCUUAACAUUUUCUCUCGCUACGACAAACCCGAAUGAACCAUAUCGUCCUAGACAUCCUUUGCAUUAUCAAUGACUCUGGAUUUUGGAGAUUAGAAGAUUGAGAGAUUAGAAAAACGGAAAAUUUAGGUUUCGCGAAAGAAAAGAUGAUUUAAAUGUUUACAAAUGUAAAACGACAUCAUUUCAUAAGUGUUUAAUCAGUUUUUAGCACAACGUCGUUUAGUGAGUUAACAUAUACGUUUACGGGUUUAACAGUUGAGUUUCUAAUUUUCUAAAAUGACCUAAUCAACGAAAACUAAGAGUUAAAAUAACCAAUAUUUGAAAGCUGAACUAUUUUUUUGGUUUAAACAUGAAUUAAAAGUUUUUUUGCCUUUAAUUUGAAAGUUCAAAGUUUUUAACGGUUUUCUCCAAAAUUAAUUGCAAAAUUAAGAACAUUUUAAUCAUUCAAAGUGUUUACCUACCUGACAUGACAAUGAAACUUUGAAGAAACAGAAACAAAACAAAAAAAAGUAAAAUUGAUUGUAUAUAGAUUCGAAUAAAUCGUGAAAUGGCUUGUAAGAUUAUUAACAAGAACCAAAAAAUAUACAAAGAGGCCGGCCACGUACGACUUUUGUGAAAUAAUAUAUUAGAGAGAUCGAAACUCAAUCAUUAAUAUCCCAAGAUAUACAUAGGAGAUAUACAUAGGAGAGUAUAUAAAUAUAAAAAUAGAAUAAUGAAACGGCCAGUAAAUUAAAAAAAGUUUAAACAAUACCAAAAAAAUGAGGAUAAAAAUGCGUGAGAGGGAAGCAAAGAAAGAAGACAAGACAUAAGAGAUGGAGAAUGGAAAUGGAGAAGGAAAGGGAGAGUUCAUAAACCAAAACAAUAGUGACUAUUUCCUCGACUCCAUGUCAAUGCUCUCUUCUCUUCCUCCUUGUUGGGACUCUUCUCUUCCCCCUCCUCAUCCUCCUCCACCACAAUCUCUCCUCCAUGCUCUCACCGUCGACGCCUCUUUUCCGGACCAGUUCCAUCACCCUCAGGAGUCAGGUGGUCCAAGCCAAGAUGGGUUGCAAGCACAAGGGACGGUCUCUACCACGAGCGCACCUGUGGCUUGUCAGAAGCCAAGGGUCAGGGCUAGAAGAGGCCAAGCCACUGAUCCUCACAGUAUCGCUGAGAGGUUGAGAAGAGAGCGUAUUGCUGAGAGAAUGAAGUCUCUUCAAGAACUAGUUCCCAACACCAACAAGACGGAUAAAGCAUCAAUGCUGGACGAGAUCAUAGAGUAUGUUAGGUUCCUUCAGCUUCAAGUCAAAGUACUAAGCGUGAGCAGAUUGGGUGGUGCGAGGGCAGCUGGUGGCCCAGGCUUCAAUGGUCUCACCUCCGAGGUUGGAGGACGGCUCAACCCCCUAUCUGGACCUAGCAAUGGCUUAAACGGGAAGGGAAACGGAACAGGAUCAUCCAAUGAGAGCCUAAGGUCAACAGAACAGAGAGUUGCAAAACUGAUGGAAGAAGACAUGGGAUCUGCAAUGCAGUACCUUCAAGGAAAGGGGCUUUGUUUAAUGCCCAUCUCCCUCGCAACUGCAAUAUCAUCUACCUCUAAUCAUUCUCGUGGGGCUCUCUUUAACCCCAUCUCAAAUAUCGUUGCGGCUGAGGAGGCAAAUGUAGCCAACGCAUCAGCAUCAGCUGCAGCUGCUGCACCUGAAGCCUCCACUAGUAUGGAGGAUGAUGUAUCUGCCUCCAAGGCAUGAACCAUAGGACAUUUCAUGUGUUUUGUUUUCUCCGUUUUAAGUCAAACGCUAAUAUCCAUUUGACUUUUUUCACUAAGCAUAAAUAAUAU